CCCAUACUUUUAUAUGUAUACUUUCCCUCUAUUCUUCCCUUUCUUUUCUUAUAUUAUGUUUUGUGGGUUCUGAAAUUCACUCUAUAAGAGCAUCUGCUUCCAACUUGGAAAUGCUUAAACCAGCCAUGGCCACUACAUCUUCAACUCUUCUCUGCCUUUCUCUAUUCGCCAUCGCUCUCUGCUUUGCAGAGUCGCAAUCAUUCAUCGGCGUAAACUAUGGCCAGGUCGCCGACAACCUUCCGCCGCCGGAGGCCACGGCCAAGCUUCUCCAAUCCACCACCAUCGGAAAAGUCCGCCUUUACGGCGCCGAUCCUGGGAUCAUCAAAGCCCUCGCCAAUUCCGGCAUCGGAAUCGUCGUCGGCGCCGCUAACGGCGACAUUCCGAGUCUGGCAUCCGAUGCCAACGCUGCCACUCAGUGGGUGAACGCGAACGUGUUACCCUACUUCCCGGCCAGUAACAUAACCCUGAUCACCGUCGGCAACGAAGUGUUGACCUCCGGCGACCAGGGUUUGGUCUCGCAGCUUGUCCCUGCAAUUCGUAAUGUCCAAAGUGCCCUCAGCUCGGCGUCGCUCGGCAGCAAGGUCAAGGUGUCGACGGUGCACUCGAUGGCCGUGUUGACUCGGUCGGAUCCACCGUCGUCCGGGUUGUUCAACCCAGCGCUUCAAGACACACUGAAACAGUUGCUGGCGUUUCUGAAGGAUAACAAAUCACCCUUUACAAUCAACCCGUACCCGUUUUUUGCAUACCAGAGCGACCCGAGACCCGAAACGCUGGCAUUCUGUCUCUUCCAGCCCAACUCGGGGCGGGUCGACUCGGGUAACGGGAAGCUCUACACGAACAUGUUCGAUGCUCAGGUUGAUGCUGUACAUUCCGCUUUGAGUGCUAUGGGCUUCCAAGACACAGAGAUCGUGGUUGCUGAGACAGGAUGGCCCUCUCGUGGGGACAGCAACGAAGUAGGACCAGGUGUUGAAAAUGCAAGAGCCUAUAACGGGAACCUGAUUACUCAUCUUAGGUCAUUGGUUGGAACCCCUUUGAUGCCUGGGAAGUCUGUGGACACUUACAUUUUUGCGCUAUAUGAUGAGGAUUUGAAAGCUGGCCCGGGCUCUGAACGUGCAUUUGGGCUGUUCAAAACUGAUCUUAGCAUGUCAUACGAUGUUGGCUUAGCCAAGUCUAGCCAGCAGACUCCAUCAAUUAGUCCAACAAGUCCAGUUGCUCCAGCACCACAUACUGAAGCUGGGUGGUGUGUUCCCAAAGCUGGAGUAUCUGAUGCGCAGUUACAGGCCAAUCUUGACUAUGCAUGUAGCCAAGGCAUAGACUGUGGCGCAAUUCAAUCAGGGGGCGCUUGUUUUGAGCCUAACACGGUAGCAUCCCAUGCUGCCUUUGCCAUGAAUCUCUACUACCAAACUUUUGGCAGAAAUAAAUGGAAUUGUGAUUUCUCUCAAUCUGCAAUGCUGACGUCCCAAAAUCCAAGUUAUAAUUCUUGCAUUUACGCUGGUGGGAGCACCUGAAAAACACAGGCUUCAGCUUGAGGUCAAUUAAUAAGAUUUGUGGAUAGAAUUUUAUUAAAAUUUAGGAUUAAUUUAAUGAAUAAGGGUCUAUCCUUCGCCCUAUUUAUUUAUAGCCCUUUAAUUUUAUAUGCCUGUAAUUUUAGAGGCAUGCCAAUUCUGGUUUGUGCGUAUCCACCCUUCAAUGUGGCAAUCCACAAGUCUGUUUUCCUUUAAUCUUUCAUGAUC